AAAGAGAUUGCUAUGAAAAGGCCUCAUUAUUGUCUCUCUCCUUCCUUCCUAAGCCACUCUCAGAUCCACACCUCCAACAAAUUUCUCAUCGCAAAAUGCCAUUCAAAAAACUUCUCUAUAAUACUCUCUCUACGAUCUCGUAAAUUCGCACUUCCUGAAGGUCCUACUAGAAGAUUCUCGAUAAUAUAUAACGCCGUUACCGUUUAAUUGUAGUAGUGUUGAAUGGGGGGAGUACCGUCAACGCAAGGUGGUGCGGCACGGCCACAUGAAACGGCGGAGUAUUUAAUAGGAGCAUUUAUAGGAGAGAAAUCGUUUCCAGUUGCUUCUGAUUACUGGCAGAAGCUUCUAGAACUUCCUCUUAAUCUUCAUUGGUCCUCUCAUCGUGUUCAACAAGCUUGCAUCCACUUUGCUCAGAACAACUGUUACACCAGGCAUCUUGCCAAAAUUUUAAUUCACCUGUCUUGGUGCUUGCAAGAGUGUGUUUCUACGUCCGAUGCAUCUUCAUCAGCUUAUGUGAAAGCUCUCAAUGCAGUGUACGUCUCAUCUGUUUUUCUGAAGCACCUCAUUGAGAAUGCCAAAACUGACAACUUUGAAGAUCUGUACAUGUCUCUGAAUGAGAGUGAGGAAAUUCCAAGUAAUGUCCCAAAAGAACAGAGUAUUGAGCAUCUUGUUGUGAAUAGUGUGCUUAAUUUUCUUGGCAGGGUAGAUGUGAGCUCGGAUACAUAUCUUCUACACUAUGAGUUGCUUAAUUUCAUGCUCAUCGCAUUAUCAACUCAGCUUCUUUCUGGGCCAUCACUUGGAGCCGAUGAUAUUCAUCCUUUCUUUGAUGCAGCAAUGGCUCAGCCAACUUCUUUGGUCAAUCUGGCUAUUCGUAAGCUGCUUCUUAACUAUAUCACACGGCCACGUUUCCCUUUGAAGGCUUCAUCUUAUUAUAUAUUUUCUGAAGGAUAUCAGCCUGGAGUUCUACAAAGAGUUAGCUCUGUUGCGGCAAAUCUCGUGCUACUGCCAUUGAAUUUCUUUGCCAGUUCAAGUAAUGAAGCUUCCAGAAGCCCAUUGGCAGACAACAGUCUUAAUAUUUUACUCAUCCUUGUUCAUUACCGCAAGAGUCUUGGCGUGGACCACUUGAAAGAUAAAUUAGAUUACAGCAGUCCAGAUUUGCUACCAAAGGAAGAAUCGAUCUUUGAGAAUCCUUACUGCAAGGCCCUUGAGAAUGCUCGGGAUAUUGAAUUUGAUCGUGUUGAUGUUGAAGGGAAUGCACCUAGUGGUCCGGUUGUGAGAUUAUCCUUUGCUUCUCUUUUCGAUACCCUUGGCAUGUGCUUGGCUGAUGAGACUUCUGUACUUCUGCUUUAUUCACUCAUUCACGGGAACUCAGAUUUUCUUGAGUAUGUGUUGGUGCGGACUGAUCUGGAUACACUGUUGAUGCCUUUGCUCGAAACACUGUAUAAUGCACCAAGGAGGACAUCCAAUCAGAUAUAUAUGGUGCUGAUUAUCCUUCUUAUACUUAGCCAAGAUUCCUCAUUUAACGCCAGCAUUCAUAAACUGGUGCUGCCGAGUGUUCCAUGGUACCAAGAACGGGUUCUUCAUCAGACCUCUCUUGGUUCUCUUAUGGUCAUAAUUUUGACGAGGACAGUGAAAUACAAUCUAUCUAAGUUGCGGGAUGUCUACCUUCAUACAAAUUGCCUUGCAACUUUAGCAAAUAUGGCACCUCAUGUCCAUCGCCUAAGUGGUUAUGCAUCGCAACGUUUGGUCAGCCUAUUUGAUAUGCUUGCACGCAAGUACAACAAAUUGGCAGAGAUGAAAAAUGAUAAGAUGCAUGUGCCCAAUGGUGAAUCAAAGGAAGUAGAUAGUCUCCAAGAAGACAUGGCAGCUGAGCUGCAUAUAUAUACCGACUUCUUAAGAAUUGUUCUUGAGAUAUUAAAUGCAAUUCUGACCUACUCCUUGCCGCGGAAUCCGGAGGUUGUUUAUGCAAUUAUGCAUAGGCAGGAAGUCUUUCAGCCGUUCAAAAGUCAUCCGCGAUUCAAUGAACUGCUUGACAACAUAUUUAUGGUUUUGGACUUCUUCAACAGUCGCAUGGAUUCCCAAAAGAUGGACGGGGAAUGGUCUGUGGAGAAAGUACUGCAAGUGAUUAUUGUUAAUUGCCGAGCUUGGAGAGUUGACGGACUAAAGAUGUUUACCCAAUUGCGUUUCACAUAUGAACAAGAGAGCCAUCCCGAGGAGUUCUUCAUUCCAUAUGUGUGGCAGCUGGUGUUGUCUCGAAGCGGUCUCAACUUUUCACCUAGCAGCAUAAAUCUUUUCCCAGUUGACCUUCCUCUCCAAUAUCAUUCAAAUUUACUUGACACAAAUGUUGAGCAUGCUUGUGAUAAUGUAGAAGAGGCGGCUGAAAAGCUUCAGAAAGGUGACAUGAAAGGAAAUGAGCUAAAGAUAGAGGUACCAGUUUGACGGAUUGUGAUCCCAGAAGACUACGUUGUGUAUAUACAUACAUGUAUCCAUAGAUAUGUAUUCUUGUUAUUCUUUUUUGUUCAUAGCUUAAGAGUAGAGGACUUUUACAUACAGCCGAGUGAAUUGAAGUAUCACCAGUAUAAUAAAUAAAGGUAUUUGGUCCAGUUUAGGCUUA